GCCCAACCCGAUCAAGCUCACGAUGGCUGCAGAGGGCAAGCAGUCCAAGGCGACCCUCCUCGCCCGCGUCCGCUUCUCCAACCCGCUCCCGCCACCACCGUUUCCGCCGCGCCUGCUCAACGUCCCGACCACCCCGCAACGCUACGCCGCCUACGACUUCCUCACCCCGAUCCAGGGCGAGCGCGAGCUCCCGCUCAUCCUCGACGCCGAGCUCGGCCUCCCGCUCGAGUACGGCCGUCCUGCCGAGGGCGCCGACCCGGAUGGCGAGUACUGGAUGGGCAACCGCUCCUCCAUCGCUCCGCCGCAAGACGCGCCUGUCCCACCUCGAGCCGACGAGGACGCCUUCCUGUUUGACGAGCCCACGCCGCGCAACGCGGCCGCCGCCGGCCCAGGCGCCGCACCGGGCACGCCCGCCCGCGCCAACAUCACCGACGUGAGCAAGAAGGUCGACGUCAGCUGGCUGCGCAAGACCGAGUACCUGUCGAGCGACGCCGGGCCUUCGAGGCUCGCCAUGCAGCAGCUCAACGGCACCCCGAAAAAGGCCCACGUCGCUCUCGACCCGCUGGACCGCCCGGGCCGCGCCGCCGCCAUCGCCGCCACGUUCACGGCCGCCAACGUCCCCCUGUCCGAGCUGCGUCACCCGACCAAGCAGGGCGUCACGGCCGUCGAGGCGUUCGACAUCCUGCCCGACGCCGACCUGUGGGCCAACGAGCUCGACCUCGUCCGGUUCGGCGAGGACCCGGCAAACCAGGGCCCGAACGAGCUCCCCCGGCUCGGUCCCGACCCUCGACUGCCUCGCGCCCUCAUGCGCGACCUGUCGGCCGUGUUCCCCGAGGGCGAGGGCCGCGUCGCGUACUACCUCCCGUCGGACGACCCGAACGCCGUCGCCUACACCGAAAAGCGGUACGCCGGCGAGGAGACUGGGCCCGACGAGGCGUUCGACUUUCGCUACGUGCGCGACUACGAGGUCGCCUCGACGCGGGCGCUCACGCAAGAGUUCAUCCUUAGCUUCGACGCGGGCGAGGACGCGACCGAGGGCGAGCGCAAGGCGCGCCCGGCGACGGUCGGCGGCAGGCGCAAGGGCGCGUACUAUGCGCAGUUGGGCGGCGCCAUCCAGCUCCGCAAAAGGAGGCCUAAGAAGGGCGAGAACCCGCGCGCGUUCCCCGAGGGGUCGCAGGAGCAGUUCUGGGACGGCAUCGCCCUCUCUCUGCACAAGCCGCUCGACAUCCUGGAGCAGCCCGACGAGAUUGAGCGGUGGAAGGCGUUCAAGCGCGAGGUCGAAGCGCCGCCGGCUCUCGAGGGCGGCGCCGGUGUGCACGAGGGUGCGGGUGCAGGUGCAGGUGCGGCGGCCUAGCUCCAGAUGGACGAGCGAGCGAGCGAGGUCCGGGUUGGGGAGAACGAGGCGACGAGAGCGGGUGGAAUCGCAGUGCGCUGUUGUACUCUC